GUGGAACGUCGAAGGCGGUGGAUGUGCGUCGUCGCAUGAGAAAGUUUAUUUCGUGAAGUGAGCUAGUGAUACCGAGACGUUCGGACUUCGGUGCUAACACAUGGUUCGGCAGUUCGGCUCCGGGAUGGAGACCACGUUCUACGACGAGCAGUACCCCCUGAGCGGCCCCGUGGAAAGCCUGAAGCGCUCCCUCACGCUGGACCUGGAGUUCGGGCGCGGGAAGCGCGCGCGCGGCCCGCCCGUGCUGUCGUCGCCCGACCUGCAGCUGCUGAAGCUGGGCUCGCCCGAGCUGGAGAAGCUCAUCAUGCAGAACGGCAUGAUCACGACGGCCACGCCGACGCCGGGCGGCGCCGUGCUGUUCCCCGCCGCGCCCACGGAGGAGCAGGAGCUGUACGCGCGCCCCUUCGUGGAGGCGCUGGACAAGCUGCACCACUCCGAGCCCGCGCCGCGCCGCGUGUACGCCGACCUGGACCGGCCGCUGGAGCGCUACCCCACGCCCGUGGUGAAGGACGAGCCGCAGACCGUGCCCAGCGCCGCCAGCUCGCCGCCGCUGUCGCCCAUCGACAUGGACUCGCAGGAGCGCAUCAAGCUGGAGCGCAAGCGGCAGCGCAACCGCGUGGCCGCGUCCAAGUGCCGGCGGCGCAAGCUGGAGCGCAUCUCCAAGCUGGAGGACAAGGUCAAGCUGCUCAAGGGCGAGAACGUGGAGCUGGCGCAGAUGGUGGUGAAGCUCAAGGACCACGUGUCGCGGCUCAAGCAGCAGGUCAUCGAGCACGCCAACAGCGGCUGCCACAUCGACGCGCACUUCUGAGCGCUGGCCGCGCCGCGCCGCCCACAUUCCAUGCUAGUCGCGCCCGCUCGGACGCAGCAUACAAAGCGAUUUGUGAUCUUAAUUUUACCGUGUAAUAUAUAGAUAGUUAACCGUAGCUGUAAGUGAGGUGACUGUGUCGGGAGCGAGGAGGCGCCUCCGCCUGCUCCGCGGGCGAGGCUGCGUUCAGUCGCGGGUCGAGUCACAACGUAUCGUCGUGAGUCGCAUUAUGAUUUUCCUUGUAUCAGUAUUGCGUUGUCUCAUUUAGUAUAGUGUAGAAACUAGAAAGGAUAAUCGUGCAACGUCACUAGAGUGCAGACUGAGCGAGGUUGAAGCGACGUUGCCAGCUUGACGGCGAUUUUCCCGUAUCAGCGAUAUUGCCAUAUCUACUAGCUUCGUAGUGUUUUGAAUUCGCGUUCGAGUUGUACGGUGACCCCGAAGGACCAAAAAUUUGACCGAUGUGUUGUACCUUUGGACGAGAGCCGUUCAAAAUUUGGAAUAGUGAGACGGAAGAUAGCUCUUCGGGGCCCAAAAGUCAUCAGUGCGAAAGGGAAGCGAUUACGCGUCGAGCUGGCAACGGCGCUUCACAAAGUCACGAGCGGAUGUUCUGUUAAUUAAAAUUCCGCCUGCGCCGCCCUCGCGGAAUGGCGGCCAUGUGUUCGGCGUUCGGCAGUCGGACGUUCCGAAUCACGUUUAGUUGCACAAGGUUAACUUUUUUCAUUACGAUAUGGCGCCUCGACGCCUGAGGGAUUCGUUACGCUCGCCGACUAACGUGCUGGUGUGAAAGACUGAUAGCGUGUGAGACAGUGUGCCUUGUAGAAUGUUGCGAGACGUAUGUCCAGUUUUGUAAAAUGUCUCAGAACUGACCCGGUGCUCUUUAAAGGUCUUUUACGAGUGAGGCCGUCCGAUUAAGAAGUGAGAUGUGAUGGACGAAUGGUUGAGAGAUUCUCGUGCGUGCGUGAGUGAGAGAUUGAAUGUGCGAUGUAUUUAUUAGUGAGAAUGUUUUAAUUAUUUAGUAUCAAGUAGCAAUCUCGAGUGCCUACGCUUUGUAAAGUGGCCUAUACCUGUUUUUAUUGUUUUUGUUACCAUUAAAUGCGCUACAGUGAACUGUUCUGUACCAUUGUCUUCUGUAGGUUGUCGUAAGUAAUAUACCAAUUAAUUAACAAGUUGAAUUGUUAUAGACUAUAUGGGGGAGCUUGCCGCUGGGCUCGUGAUAUUGGCUCGGAAUUAAAGUGUGAAUGAUUUAAAUAAUGUUAUGUACAGAGAUAGUAUAUGUAGAGGAAGUGAGCGGCAAGCGAACCUUCUUUUUUGUAUUAUUUUUAUACAGAAAAUGAUUCUUCAAAAUGUUAACAAUAAUUUGUAAGUUUAUAAAGAUAAAAAACAGUUAUACUAAAAUAAUAUAUUUUUAUGAAUUUAACAAAGAAUAUUGUUUUAUACUGAAUACGUAUUGUAUGAUAAAACAGAAUAAAGAGAAAAUAAAUUAUGAAGAUUAUUAUACCAUUCAA